GCCGAUAGCGCCAACUGCACGCGGUAUGCGCUGUGUCUCGGAGCACAGCACGGGUGCCAUACAAAAAGGGAGAGAGAAAGAGAGGAGCUGUGCCUCGGCCUGUUGUAUUACGAUUGCGAUUCGCGUGCAACAUGUAAUCGCGACGGCAAGGUAAUCAGAGGAAACACUCGGCACAUCCGGUGGGAUAAAUUACCUGCUUCCAGGGGUGGGGUCCGAGGGAUCGCUGUCACUCGCAUUUAAUCAACAACACAGUUGACAGGUGAUGUCGAUCGCGUGAGAGGAUCACGAUCGAGCAAACGCCGCGGCCAUGGCCCGACCCAUCGUGCCGAGCCAGCAGAAGCUGGCCGAGAAGCUGAUCAUCCUGAACGACAGGGGUACAGGUAUGCUGACACGAAUCUACAAUAUCAAAAAGGCAUGCGGCGACGCCAAAUCGAAGCCCGCCUUCCUCUCCGACAAGGCGCUGGAGGGCUCCAUCAAGACGAUCGUCAGGAAGUUUCCCAACAUCGACAUAAAGGGUCUGCAGACCAUCAUGAAUAUACGUAAUGAAAUUAUUAAGUCUCUGUCAUUGUACUACUACACGUUUGUCGACCUGUUGGAUUUCAAGGACAACGUGUGCGAGCUUCUGACUACUAUGGAUGCGUGCGGCGUCCACAUGGAUAUCACAAUCAAUUUCGACUUGACCAAAGGAUACUUGGAUCUCGUGAUCACGUAUGUCAGCCUGAUGAUUCUCUUGUCACGAGUCGAGGAUCGCAAGGCGGUGCUGGGACUCUUCAACGCGGCUCACGAGAUGGUGCACAGUCAAUCAGAUCCUAGCUUCCCUCGUUUAGGUCAGAUGAUCAUGGAUUACGAUGCUCCAUUGAAAAAACUUUCCGAAGAAUUUGUGCCACACUCCAAAUUGCUGAAGAACGCCCUGACUUCAUUGUGGCCUGUGUAUCCUGGUAGAAACUUGUCCGCCGACACGUGGAGGGCCGAUCAAAAGCUGAGUCUCGUUGGCAGUCCUGGCCAGAUACUAAAAGCAGCGGCGACGGAUACAAUGUCCUGCGAAACGUUGAGUCUGGAUAGAAUCGAAAGAUGGGUGAUACUUGGAUUUACACUCUGCCACACGUUCUUGAGUCAAGAGCAGCCAAGCAAACUGUGGAUCACUGCUCUUGAAUCUGGUUGGGUAUUGGCGUUGUUUAGAGACGAGGUAAUCUACAUACACCAGUAUAUUCAAACCUUCUUUGAGAGUAUGAAAGGCUAUGGCAAGAGAGUGUCGGAGGUAAAGGAAUGUUACAAUCAGGCAGUACAAAAGGCUGGUUACAGGCACAGGGAGAGAAGAAAAUUCUUGAGGACUGCACUGAAAGAAUUAGGUUUAAUUUUGACAGAUCAGCCUGGUCUUCUCGGACCGAAGGCGCUACUAGUGUUGAUGGGCCUUUCCCAUGCGAGAGACGAGGUACUAUGGCUGCUGAGGCAUGGAGACAAUCCGCCUACUCAAGGUAAAAGCAAGGGACGAGGUGGCGAGGAUCUGGUGGACCGUCAGCUGCCGGAAUUGCUCUUCCAUUGCGAGGAAUUGCGAGCACUAGUAAAGAAAUAUUCUCAAGUGCUUCAAAGGUAUUACGUCCAGUUUCUUGCGGGAUUUGACGCCCCUGCUCUACACCAGAUGAUACAGAAUCUCCCAGUCUGCCCAGAGGACGAGGGAGCUAUUCUUAGUGAUAUGUGUUCAACUAUAGCUAGUCUGACCGUGAAGCAGGUCGAGGAUAAUGAAUUGUUUGAUUUCCGUGCCUUCCGACUGGAUUGGUAUAGGCUGCAGGCCUACAUGUCUAUCGCGAAAUGCAAUAUGAAUCUGGCUGAUAAUAGAGAAUUAGCCUCCUUCAUGGACACAGUAAUCUUCCACGCGAAAAUGGUGGACAAUUUGGAUGAGAUGUUGGUCGAAACGUCUGACUUGUCCAUUUUCUGCUUCUAUAGCAAGAUAUUCGAGGAUCAGUUUCACAUGUGUCUCGAGUUUCCUGCUCAGAAUCGAUACAUCGUCGCCUUCCCGCUCAUAUGCAGCCACUUCCAGAGUUGCACUCACGAGCUCUGUCCGGAGGAGCGUCAUCACAUUCGCGAAAGAAGCCUGUCCGUCGUCAACAUGUUUCUGGAUGAGAUGGCUAAAGAAGCUAAGAACAUUAUCACGACUAUUUGCGACGAGCAAUGUAACAUGGGCGACAAACUAUUACCGAAACAUUGCGCUCUGUUAAUUUCACAAGUUGUUAAUCGGAAGAAAAAAGAUAAGAAUAAGAAGAAUAUGUACGAGAUUCAUAAGCCUGGUAUAGAGAGCUACCGGAAGACCCGGGAGGAGUUAACAACGAUGGACAAGUUGCACAUGGCUCUCACUGAGCUAUGCUAUGCUAUUAAUUAUUGUCCCACUAUUAAUGUCUGGGAGUACACGUUCGCGCCGAGAGAGUAUCUGCAUCAACAUCUAGAGUCGCGAUUCGCUAGGGCGCUAGUAGGAAUGGUCAUGUACAAUCCGGAUACCAGUGAGAUAGCUAAACCGUCAGAGCUCUUUGUCAGCGUCAGAUCUUACAUGAACGUCCUUCAGACCAUCGAAAAUUACGUGCAUAUAGAUAUCACACGCGUCUUUAAUAACGCCUUAUUGCAACAAACGCAGGAACUGGAUAGUCACGGUGAUAAGACUAUAGCCGCACUGUACACGCAAUGGUAUUCGGACGUUCUGCUGAGGCGAGUUAGCGCCGGUAAUAUUUGUUAUUCGGCGAAUCAGCGGGCAUUCGUUAGCUUGUCGGUCGAAGGUGCCAUACCUUUCAAUGCCGAAGAAUUCUCCGAUAUUAACGAGCUAAGGUCAUUGGCGGAAUUAAUAGGACCGUAUGGUAUGAAGAUGUUGAACGAAAAUCUGAUGUGGCACAUCGCCAGCCAGGUGCAACAGUUGAAAAAACUGGUGGCUGGCAACAAGGACGUGUUGAUCGCUCUGAGAACGAAUUUCGACAAGCCGGAGGUGAUGAAGGAGCAGUUCAAGAAGUUGCAACAUGUGGACAACGUUCUUCAACGAGUUACUAUAAUAGGCGUAAUUCUCAGCUUCCGACAAUUGUCACAGUCGGCACUGGUCGACGUGCUAGAGGAACGUAUACCGUUUUUGCUGAGCUCUAUAUUGGACUUCAGACAUCAUUUGCCAUCCGGCGAUCCUAUGCGAGUCGUUUCCGAAAUGACGUCGGCUGCAGGUUUGACCUGCAAGGUCGAUCCCACUUUGACAACCGCACUACGAAAUCAAAAAGCUGAGGUCGACGAGGACGAGCACCUGCUCGUUUGCCUGCUGAUGGUCUUCGUGGCGGUCUCCAUUCCGAAAUUGGCUCGGAACGAUAACUCCUUUUACAGAGCGUCGCUCGAGGGCCACUCCAACAACAUACAUUGCAUGGCAACGGCAAUAAACAAUAUAUUCGGAGCGUUAUUCACGAUUUGCGGACAGAACGAUAUAGAAGAUAGGAUGAAGGAAUUUCUCGCUCUGGCCUCGUCAAGCUUGUUAAGAUUAGGCCAAGAAGUGGACAAGGAGACAACUCGAAACAGAGAAUCCGUGUAUCUUCUGCUCGAUCAGAUAGUUCAAGAAUCGCCAUUCCUGACGAUGGACUUACUGGAAAGUUGUUUCCCGUACGCACUGAUACGCAAUGCAUAUCACGAUGUGUAUAAGCUCGAGCAUUCGCAGCCGUAAAUUUAAGGACAAAAUUGCGAGUGAGAACAGGGUGCUGCAUUUAUAACUUGCCACUCAGGGCCACUUUUUUACGUCUACUUGUAACAUCGGGGGCAAUCAUGACUUUGCUUUAUAUGUCGCUUGUCCGUGCGAUAACUUUCCGGAUGGGAUUAGUUUUCGGUUAGUAUCGCUCUGUGUAUGUAUGCGCGUGCGCAUGUGCGUGUGUGUGUGAAAAAGUACAAGCAAAAUAUGAGCAAAAAUAUGAAAGAGUGGUAAAUGCAUACGAUUGUUCAAAAGGUUGGUAAAGUUAUCGAAAAGUUAUUUCUCGAUAUUUCAACAGUACAAGUUUGUGGCAUUGCAUAAUGCAUUUUAGCCAUUUCCUUACGUUGCUUGUGGCAAAAAACGCGCAUCACGUAUUGAAAUCUGUUUAUUGUGAAAUAGAUAUCGCAUAAUUCUAUUUUGCCUUUGUAAAAAUCUUUAUUCCUUAUCAAGGAAAAUUAUAAUUGACGGGCAAUUGGUCUCGCGAAUUUUCACAACUCAAAGUGAUAUAUAAUAUGCAUUUUUUGUAAUGUACAGUAUUCUCUCAAUUACAUUUGACAUCCGACUCGAAAUAUUCGUUACUAACAUAAUUGCAUAUCUUGAAUUCCAAUCGAGUAUUAUAUCUUAUGUCAAAGAAUUUUUCUAUUGCACAGGGAUGCAUGAUGUAAGACUCCCAUGACUUCAAGCUAACGAUUGCGAUAUUCAUGUAUCACACAGUAGGUCGUCAUUUACCCACUAUGACUUUUUAAUGUACAAUUAUAACUCUUUUACAAUAGUUUAUAUAACAAAUAAAAUUAUGUGUACAAAAUGACAUAAUCUUUACGAUCCCUAUCAUAUCAGAUCCAGAGAUUACACGCAAGUAAAUGUAAAAUGUAUGCUUUAUUUAAUUCUUUACAAUGUUUUGUUCUCUUUUAAUCACAUUAACACAAGAGAUAUUCACAAUCAUAAUUUUUUUAUUUAUAAUAUCCUUAAAACACUCGCCGCAUUCUAGACAUUUUGGGAAAAGAGAGAGUGGUGGUCUGAAGCUACGUUCAGCGAUUGGUCAGUAUCAUGCUCGGUUAUAAUAAUUUACAAUAAAGAGAUACAUCUCAGAAACGCAUCAUCGACUAAAAAUAGAGAUACGGCACGAACGUAAGGGCUACUUGGUGUUCGGUGAUAUCCAAGUAACGCUCUAAAUAAAAAAAAAAAAA